AUGACGGAUUAUCAAUCAAUUGCCUCUACCUUCGUUCAACACUACUAUGUCACAUUCGACAAUUCAAUUGCCAGACCUGGCCUGGCGAGUUUAUAUCGUGAGGAGUCCAUCUUAGUCUGGGAGAAUCAGCAACACAAAGGUGCAGAAAAUAUCAUAACAGCCUUGAAUAGACCCGAGUUCAAGAAUGUGAAAACCGUGAUCACUACCGCAGACGCUACACCAGCUCCUGAGUCGGGUGUGCUUGUGGCUGUUACGGGACGCCUUUGCGUCGACGAUAAUUAUGACAAGCCAAUUGUGUUUGCAUCGACCUUCCUCUUGCAACUUAACCCUGGACAGCCUGGCGGAUACUUUAUUUACAGUCAAACCUUUAGAGUGAUCGUUGAUAUUUGA